UCCACUCCAAACUCCCUCCAAUUUCAUUCCCUUAUGAGCUACGAUGCACUACAGCCCCAGCGUGGCCAGAAAACCACCAGUCGAAUAGCUGGAAAACCGCUGUUGGAAUGGCAACAGUUCGGAAAUUGAUUGUGGAAGUCGUCGAAGCCCGCAACCUCCUUCCAAAGGAUGGAUCUGGAUCGUCGAGUCCGUAUGUAGUCAUGGACUUCUACGGUCAGCGAAAGCGGACCCAGACGGUGCACCGAGACCUCAAUCCGACGUGGAACGAAGUGUUCGAGUUUCAGGUCGACAAGGAUGCGGACUUGGCCGUAGAAGCAUUGGAGAUUGACGUGUACCAUGAUAAGCGUGUGGGGCCCACCGGGAGGAAUAACCUCCUCGGUCGGGUGCGGCUCAACGCUAGCCAGUUCGUACGGAAAGGCGAGGAGGCUCUCGUGCUCUACCCGUUGGAGAAAAAGCACUUCUGGAGCUGGAUUCAGGGCGAUAUCGGACUCAGGAUAUAUUACGUCGAUGAGCUUGUUCCGCCUCCGGCAUCUCCACUGCCGUCGCCGCCGGAAGAUGCUGGAAAGUCUGACACACCAGCGACUCCGCUGCCGCAAGCGGAGGAUGCUGGAAAGCCAAACAUGCCGGAAGCAGAACCCCCUGCGUCAGUUGAGCCUACUCCCCCUACUGCCGAAAAAUCCGACGCACCACCAGAAGCCAAUCCGCCGCAACCAGAGGUGCCGCCACCACCAGAAGCUGGAAAGCCCGAAGAACCGGCAACUGAUCCACCAGUCGAAACCGCACCUGCACCAGAACCUCUCCUGACACCGUCGGAAAACAUUCCUAAUGCCGAGCCUACCCAAACACAGCCGGAGUCAGGUGCAGGGAACCCCCCACCGCCAGAUCUGACAUCAGACACGACCAUGCAUGGACCAGAUCACAAACAGAAAAUGACUGGAUUCAAUGGUCCGCGGCAGAAUUACCGGCAUCCAGUAUCCGAUAUCUACCCAAGAGAAGCGCCGGAUAGAUUUCCUGGGAUUCCGAACGAGCGAUCAUCAUAUGAUCUUGUGGAGAAAAUGCAUUACCUGUUCGUAAGGGUAGUCAAGGCCCGAUCGCUACCCUUCGAUGCAAAUCCGUUCGUCAAGAUCACUGUCUCUGGCUGCAACGUCCAGACGAAAAUCGCCCAGAAAACCACCCUCCAAUUCGAGUGGGACCAGACAUUCGCCUUCGGACGGGACGCGCACGGAUCGGCCUCCACCCUUGAAGUCUCUGUGUGGGACCCACGACCUGGGUCCGCUCCGACCCCAACGCCCCCACAGGAACCCGGCGGCGGCAGAGAUGAGAACUUCCUCGGCGGCAUCUGUUUCGACGUUUCCGAGAUCCCGCUGCGGGACCCACCAGACAGCCCGCUGGCCCCACAGUGGUACAGGCUGGAGGGUGGUGGGGCCCACCGAGGGGAUCUGAUGCUGGCUACGUGGAUCGGGACGCAAGCAGACGAAUCGUUUUCCGAAGCGUGGAAAACGGACACGUCCGGCACCGUCAGUUCCCGCGCAAAAGUCUACCUGUCUCCAAAACUCUGGUAUCUCCGUGUAACGGUCUUGGAAGCCCAAGACAUCCAGCCUUUAACGCCGUUAAAGGAAACUGCCUUCUCCGUCAAAGCCCAGCUCGAAUUCCAGAUCUUGAAAACCCGAACAGCCAUCAGCCGCAACGGCUCCCCGUCUUGGAACGAAGACCUUAUCCUCGUCGCUGCCGAGCCUUUCGGCGACCUCCGCGUCGUCUUCUUCCUCGAGCACCGCUCCGGGAAGGACACGACAGUCCUUGGCAUCGCCGGAAUACCACUCACGACCAUCGAGCGACGCGUCGACGACCGGAGAGUGGUUUCCCGGUGGAUCACCCUCGACAGCCCAACCAAAAGCAGGAAAGACAGUUAUAACGGCCGGUUGCACGUGCGUGUCUGCUUCGAUGGGGGUUAUCACGUGGCUGAUGAACCAGCUCACGUGACCAGCGAUCUCCGGCCAGCGGCCCGCCAGCUCUGGAAACCGCCGAUCGGGACCGUCGAGCUGGGGAUCGUCGGGUGCCGGAACCUUCUUCCGGUGAAGACGGUCGGAGGGAGGGGCACCGCCGACGCGUACGCAGUCGCGAAGUACGGCGAGAAGUGGGUCCGGUCGCGGACGGUCGCAGACAGCUUGGAUCCACGGUGGAAUGAGCAGUACACGUGGCACGUUUAUGACCCUUGCACGGUCCUGACAGUUGGCGUCUUCAACAGCGUGGACGAAUCGAAAGACCCCGCGCGGCAGGAUUUGCGGAUAGGAAAGAUACGGAUACGUAUUUCUACGCUGGAAAACAACCGUGUGUACAAAAACACGUACCCAUUGCUUCUGUUGCAUCCUACCGGAGUCAAGAAGAUGGGCGAGGUCGAGCUCGCAGUGCGGUUCGCACGUGUGGUCCCAAAGCUGGAUGUGUUGCACGUGUAUUCGCAGCCAAUGCUGCCACGUAUGCACUACUUGAAGCCCAUCGGCACGAUGCAGCAGGAGUCGCUGAGAGGAAUGGCCGCACGUCUGGUAGCCCAGCACCUGUCGCGGUCGGAACCGCCGCUGCGACGGGAGGUCGUGCUCCACAUGCUUGACGCGGAUUCGCACGCGUUCAGCAUGCGGAAGGUGCGUGCGAACUGGCACCGGAUCAUCAACAUGAUGGGGUGGGCCGUCGAGAUGGCCCGCUGGGUCGACGACACACGUGCGUGGAGGAACACGACAGCGACGCUGAUCGCGCACGUGCUGUUGGUGUUGCUCGUGUGGCACCCUGACCUCAUGGUCCCAACUAUCGCAUUCUACACGUUUGUGGUUGGGGGUUGGAAUUACCGGGCGAGGCGACGGGACCCGAUGCCGCACCCGUGUGUGAAGAUUUCGCACGCGGAAGCCGCGGAUCGGGAGGAGCUGGACGAGGAAUUUGAUUCGAUACCUAGCUCGAGGCCACCAGACACGGUGCGGGUACGGUACGAUAGGCUCCGCACGCUGGGAGCGAGGGUGCAGACGGUGCUUGGCGAUAUUGCAACACAAGGAGAGCGGAUGCAAGCAUUGGUCACAUGGCGGGACCCACGUGCGACUGGAAUCUUCAUCACCGUAUGUUUCUUGGUGUCCUUCGUUCUGUAUGUGGUCCCAUCGAAGAUGGUGGCGAUCGUGGCGGGGUUUUACUAUCUACGGCACCCGAUGUUCAGAGACCGUAUGCCCGGUCCUUCUUUGAACUUCUUCAGGCGGCUUCCGUCGCUUUCCGAUCGCAUCAUGUAGGUCCAAACAAGGCAUGGGAGUCGGUAUUUUUCUAAGCUUUUUUUUUUUGGAUGCAUCUCUACCUCGGUAAUGUAAUGAAAUGAUGACAGUUUAUCUGUUCAAACGAUGGAGUAAAUAUCGUGCCUUUUAUAAGACAAA